AUGCAAAUCGCAGGAGGGAAGGAGCCGGCGCUGCCCGCCGAGCCCUCGCCGCGGCCGCGGAAGCGCGUCGGGCCCCCGAAGGAGCCGGACCCCUUCGCACGCAGCCCUCAUGGCCCUUUGGAGCCUCCCUCUUCAGGCCGCUCUGAGCAAGGCUUUGGGGCGGGCUCGGCUAUGGGGGAGCCAGAAGCAAGCGGUCUCAGCCCUCACGAGAGGAUGCCCGAGGGCCGGCAGCGGUACAGCGAGAUAUUCCGCGGCCUGGAUGCCAUCGAGAUCUCCAUUGGGAACGCGGCAGUGGAUCUGUUCACGGGUGACACCGGCAGCACCGACAGCCCAGCCCCAAGCGCGGCCACCGAGCUCAUUCCGUUGAGUGGAAGCUUCUGCCAGAGCAAAACCAGCCCAGAGAGGCCAGAGCUGACAGCUCGGGAGGCAGACGAGAUGCUGCUGAGAUGCGAGGGCGGCAUCGAGGCGGCGCUCCGCUACGCCAAGCUGUGGUGCAAAUACGUCAAGGAGCUGCUGAGCUGGAUGGAGAAGCGCCUGGCUUACGAGACAGAGUUUGCCAAAGGGAUGGUGAAGGUCGCAGAGGCAGGACAAAACGCCGUCUCCCAGCAGCACGAGAUGCCCCUCUGGGAGCUCUAUCAAAUGGUCCUGGAACACGACAUCAAGGUUGGGAAUGCGGCGGCCGAGGCGGCAGGGCUGCUCCAGCAGAAGGAAUUCUACCAGCCUCUGUCAGCCAAGAAGAACGAGAUAGAGAAAUGGAGGAAAGAAUUCAAGGACCAGUGGACAAAGGAGCAAAAGAGGAUGAGCGAAGCCCUGGGCUCGCUGCGCAAGGCCCGCCUGCAGUACUGCCAGCGCCGCGAGGAGCUGGGCAAAGCGAAGCUGCUGAGCGCCAGAGCCGAGGACGAGCACCAGCACCCGCAGGGCACGGCCGGCGCCGGCAGCAGGCACCUGGAGAAGCGGCGCCGCUCCUGCGAGGAGGCUCAGGCCAAGGUUCAGGAAGCAGAGGCUUCGUACAAGGCGAGCAUCACCGAGGCCAACAUCCGGAGGCAAGAACUGGAGAGGGUGCGGGCGCGGAUCGUCUCCCACAUCCGGAAGCUGGUUUUCCAAGGGGAUGAGGUGCUGACGUGGGUCACUCUAAGGAUGUUCAAGCAGCGGCUGGCUCAGUCAGAGCAGAUCCCAGUGAGGUACCAGUACCUGGCCGAGGUGUGCAAGCCAUACAAAGCAGGCCAGAAGUACCUGGAGUUCAUCCAGGCUCUGCAGAAGAAAGACAUCCCGAUGGAGGUGUUCGAAUUCGAGCCGCUGCCUCUGGGAGGCCAAAGGUCCCCUCCCAUCGGCAAGAAGAAGAUGGCAGUGCAGUGCCCAGGACCUUCCUCCGCUGGGAAGGAUGGGAGCACGCCGGAGGAUGCAUCCCGGCACGACGAGCAGGCUACGAGCAGGGCCCUCUGCAGCGACCCCGAAAGCCUCGGGGGCAGCUGGGAAUCCCGCUCCUUGGACUCUCCCAGUUCCAGCCCAGGGACCUCUACCAGGAAGCUGCUGAAGGCGCCGUCCACCGGCGCCGUGUCCUCCUCGGAUGACUUGGAAGAGAGGGAUCCCUUGAAACGGUGAGGCCCAUCCCGAUGCGGCUCCGGAGGCGGAACCUCUGCGCAGGGAUCGGUCCCUCUCCAUGCUGUCUCCAUAGAAACCAGCGCAUCCCAGCCGCAGGCGAGGAGCAUCCCCCUCUCCAGCGCGGCCCAGACCCACCGGCUCCGCAAGCUGCGGGGUCCAUCCAAGUGCAGGGACUGCGACACCUUCAUGGUCAGUGGCUUCGAGUGCGAGGAGUGCUGCCUGGCCUGCCACAAGAAGUGCCUCGAGAGCCUGCUCAUCACCUGCGGCCACAAGAAGCUCCCCAGCCGGGUGCCUCUGUUCGGGGUGGACUUCGCGCAGGUCCCUCGCGAUUACCCCGAGGAGGUCCCUUUCCUCGUGGUCAAAUGCACCUCGGAGAUCGAAGCCCGGGCCCUGGGCGUGCAGGGCAUUUACCGCGUCAGCGGAUCCAAAGCCCGCGUGGAGAAGCUGUGCCAGGCGUUCGAGAGCGGACGGGGGCUGGUGGAGCUCUCCGAGCACUCCCCCCACGACAUCACCGGGGUCCUGAAGCAUUUCCUGAAGGAGCUUUCGGGCCCGGUGCUGCUGUCCCAGCUCUACGACGAGCUCAUGACGUUGGCCAAAGAGCUUCAGAAACCCACGGAGGAAAGGCUGGAUUGGGCAGCCUGCCCUUCCGAGCCCAUCCGGAGCAUGAAGGAGGUGCUGAGCAAACUGCCCGGCAGUAACUACAACACCCUGCGGCACCUCAUGGCCCACUUGUACAGGGUGGCAGAGAACCACAAGGAGAACAAGAUGUCCCCGAGCAACCUGGGCAUAGUGUUUGGGCCCACCCUGGUGCGGGCGGGCGCGCGGAGCGACGCCUCCGUGUCCUGCCUGCUCGACUCCGGGUACCAAGCUCAGCUGGUGGAGUUCCUCAUUGAGAACUACGAGCGGGUGUUCGGGCCGGAGGAGCUGCCCCCGGCCUCGCCAUGGGACCGCGCCGCGUUGGAAGAGGAGGGUGAAGGACCCCGGAGCCCAAACCCGACCCGGAGCCCAAGGGUAGAGGUAGAGCUCCCAGGCUGCCCCUGCUCCAGAGGCAGGGAGGGGGAUCUGUGGUUAAAGAGAGCUUCCUUCACACCCAGCAGCCCUGCUUCCUUACCCGAGGGUUAUUCCAAGGGGAAGCAGCGGAUGCGGUGGGAGACCAGCACCUUCUGGGACCGCUCUGAAGGGUGGUUUUGCUCUGGAGAGCAAUGGGGGUUCCAUACUAAGCUGCUGGCUCUCCCUGCUCCGUAA